CGCCCUCCCAGUUACGAACUUGAGCCCUCUACGAAGCAGCCGAUAGUGAAUCAAACGCCUUAGUCGACAUUGCCGAGACUUGUUAGAUCAACAUCUCGCUCCCGGCAGCGGCAGCGCAGCAACUGUCAGCAGCUUAGCCCGCCGUCGCCAUGGAGUUCAUCACAGCCCUCAGGGGCACCUUUGACGGCCAGAAGCCCUCGCUGUUCGAGGUGCUCUCUGAACAGCAGCUCAACGGCCUGCUGCCUCCGACGCUGCGGUACCUCCUCGUCGUCGCCACCCACCGGCAUCCGCGAUACCUGCUCCGGAUCCUCAACUCCUUUGACGAGCUGUACGCGCUGGUGAUGCUCGCCGUCGAGCGCCACUACCUGCGCACCCGUGGAGGCUCCUUUACAGAGAAUUUCUACGGCCUAAAGCGCGAAAAGGCCCUGCAUGGCGAGAUCCCGAGAGCGAGCCUUGCAGCGCCGCAUUUGGUUCGCGAGACGCUCAAGUUGACAACCAAGGACGUGUGGCAGAAUCUGGCGGUCCUGGUCGGCGUGCCGUAUCUGAAGAGGAAGCUGGACGAGUCGUACGACAUCAACGCGCCCAGAGCGCUACUCGGCGCGGCAUACACGCGAAUGCCAGACAACCCGACUUUGCGCGACCGGUUCAUGCACUACUACAGAUGGUUUCUGCGCAACAUUUAUCCACACGUAAACGCAGCCUACGGCUUUGCCAUGCUGGCCUUUAACCUGGCCUAUCUCUUCGACCGAACGAAAUACCACAACCCGCUGAUGUGGCUGAUUGGGACGAGGCUGCGGCGGAUGACCAUGGCAGACUACCAAGCCAUCGAGAAGCUGUCCGAGCCCGCGGCCAAUGCCGCCAAGCCUGGCCUUCGAUCACUGCUAUCCACACCCAAGGAGUUGGGCUCUAGAGUCAUGUCAAGCCUAUCCAUGCUGCUACCUAUGAGUAUCUUCGCGUUGAAGUUCCUAGAGUGGUGGUACCAGUCAGAUUUCGCGAAGCAGUUGACACGAAAGGCAGCAGAGAGCAUCGAGCUGCCUCCUCCCAUAGUUUCUGGAAAGUCAUCCUUUGGCAAGAAAAAGGCUGUAGACUCGGAUAAAGCUGAAGAGAAAGAGGAGGAGUCAAAGGAGAUGGCCAUUACGGAAAAAGAGGCGCCAAUUGCCACGCCGUCCAUGCUUCCCAUCUUCGUCGUUGGCUUCCCAGAAGACUCGUCUCUAUGCCCCAUCUGCGUCGAUGAGAUUGUCACGCCGACAGUUUGUCAGACCGGUGUUGUCUAUUGCUACACAUGCAUCCAUCGAUGGAUCGAAGGCAUGCAUCCCAAGCAAGAGGAGUUUAUGGAAGACCGCGAAGGCAAGUGGGAGAGCGGCCAGGGCCGAUGCGCCGUCACUGGGAAGCGAGUUCUCGGCGGAACGGAAGGCUUGAGGAGAAUCAUUGUAUAAAUGGACGGGUCUCUACGUAAUAGACGACGGCGAGCAGAGCAUGUCACCCGCCUAUAUAUAUUACAUCACAUAACGGAAGAGGUGGAUUUCAUACUAAUUUUGGAUGUACGAUUAUGAAUAAAGUUGUACACAGGCAUUUACCUAUGCAAGCAAGCGGGAAAAGAAUGUAGAUGGUUAUUUAGACGGCUAUAUAAUACUUGGAGCAUUUUACGGGACAUUUUAGGCGAAACAUUUAC